CAUCCCACGAUGCCGACGCGCGCCGUGCGAGCGCACACCCAGUCCGGUGGUGCCUGGGAUUGGGUGGAGGGAGUGGUGGCUGCGGACGGACUCACAGGAUUGGUAGAGUUGAGCGCCAAACUUGUUGACUCAUAACUGAGCAGCUCCUCUCCAUCCUUCUCGACGCGGAGCUGUCCAGGGCCAGUGGUGCUGAAGCUGCGGGAAUUAUUUCAUCCUUUAUAUUUUUAACACUUUGAUUGCUCUCAUCCACCCUUUGAAAGUUGCAUGCUCUCGCGUGACACUUGAAGACGCGUGGUUUGAACGUCUCUCGGCUGAUAUCUAUCCACCGUCACCGCUCCAUCCGAGAGCGCACCGAGCCUUCAACUUCUCAGCCGAUCAAACCAGAGGACUCUCCGAAGCGCAGUCAUGGCUUUCAUGGUGAAACACAUGGUGGGAGGACAGCUGAAGAACCUGACAGGCGGGCUGACGGAGGAGAAACCCGAAGGGGAGAAAUCAGAAGCCGCCGCGCAGGGGAUGACUCAAGAGGAAUUCGAACAAUAUCAGCAACAGUUAGAGGAGGAAAAAAAGGAACGAGAAGCUGAAUUUGCCCAGAAGAAAGCUGAGAGGGCCACAGUUAGAAGUCAUUUCCGGGAAAAGUACAGACUACCAAAGAACGAGACAGAUGAGACCCAGAUCCAGCAAGCGGGGGAUGAUGUGGUGUUGCCCACGGAGCUGGCCAAGAUGAUCGCCGAGGACAACCAGGAGGAAACACACAAGCAGUCGGUGCUGGGUCAGCUGUCCAACAUCCAGAACGUGGAUAUGGACCAGCUGAAAGACAAAGCCCAGGCCACACUGGAAGACCUCAAAAAGCAGACAGAAAAUUGCAGCCUCAUGUGAUCUGGCCAACUUUAAGUCCCAUGAGAUUAGAGUUUUUCUUGUACAAAUAUUUUUCAGAGGCAGAGCUGCUCUGGGGGUAGACAUUUUCUCAUUGCUUUAGUGGAAUGUCAGCUGGCAGAGCCGCAUAAUAACAGUUUUUCUAGCUGUCUAAUGUUACAUAGAAGCCUUAUAUUAUAUCUUAGGCUCAUUUUACUAACCAAAAAAAAAGAGCUCUAGUCAUAAGAUCAUCUCGGUGAAAUAGUUUAGUUUGCUUUCAUGCUGGCCUUUCAACAUGCUACAGUUUACAAAUCUCAUAUUUUUACAAAAAAAUUGUAAAGUUGCUGUGCUUUAAAACUGUGGUUCUGCAGCUCCUGCCAUUGAGAUUUAACCAAUGAGAUUAUUUCUGCCUUCAGAAUAACUCUUCCUCUGAGAAAAGUGUAUUAAAUCCUUUACUCCUGACAUCCUCUAACCUCCCAGUUGUCUGUACCUCAGUGGUAACACAAAAUGAUUGUGCAGCAAAGGUUGCAGGUGUGUGUACAGGUUUUUAUUGCCUCCGAACACACGGCAGCUGAUUUCAACGAUAGGCAGAUGCACUUUCAGUAAGAGAGGGUCACCGAGAUCAGCUGCCUGGUUGGAAUUCAAACACACAUACACAGUGCUGACAUUGGUUCACGUGUUAUGUUAAAUUUGGGAAAUCGGGUGAUUUAUUCCAGGUGAGACACAAUGAAAACUCUCUUUGUAAGGUUCUUUAUAUUUCACAUAUAAAAGCACAAAAUCACAGACAUGAGCACAAGUGUUUUCAGCAAACACCAAAGCUGAUCUUUGUCAAAAAUGUAAUUAUUGCUGCAUUUGUUGUAAUCUUUUCCUAGACAUAUUAAGACUUUUCUUGCAUUUCCAUUCUUCAGUGUGCCUUGGACGUCUGUACAAGGUUGUCAUCUUGAUCUGAAAGCUUCUUCUUCUUUUUUUUUUUUUUUUAAACAAAGAUGAGCCUUCUUGGUUGUUUAUUUCUGCAGGAAAUUUCUUACUUUUAGUUUUACUGAAAGCCAUAAAUAAUGAUGUCUUACUGAAGGUCACAAUAGAUUUUCCAAGCAUUUAUUAGAUGCGAUCAAUAACUCUGUUCCCAAAUUUAACAUGGCAAUCUGUAUCAUCUAUAUUGGGAGUAAACCUGCUGCAUUUGGAGGGUAAAAAAAGCUGCUCAGAUGAGAGAAAUGUAAAUGCUUUAGAAGACGUAAGCCAAAGCCUUUGUUGAUAUCAUAAAGGAAAUGGCACAAAUAUGUGAAACUGUGUAGCUGCCGUGUGUGUAUACAUCCAACUACUGAGUCCACAUACAAGUAUUUAUGUUCUAUAAGAUGUAAAGGUAUCUGCUGUUCGCCUAAUCCGUCCACAGCGGGUCAUUCUUUACACCGUUCCCAUCAACUCGCUGGGUCUUGUAGUGCUGUCGACCGUCACACGACCUUUGACUUGUCCUCCAUCUCAUCGACCCACACGUGCUGUUUUGUGCUGGUGGAUUUCGUGUUGUUUAGCCGAUGUGAUACGUCAAGUGGUGUCUGUGUACAAACCUCGUCCUGUAGUUGGGAGUGCUCAUCGUAACAAUAAUAAUACUAUAAGAAAACUAAAAAUGUAACCAAGUAAUAGAAACAUAGAUAAAAGGCAAUGAAAUGAAAAAAAAAACCUGAAGUAAACAUGAAUUAAUAAAGUGUAUCCAAAAAAAAAUCAACUCUAAUUAAAAGCCAUUGUGUAAAAAUGAGUUUUAAAAGAGGACACUGAGGUAGCUUGUCUGAUUCUCAGUGGAAGGUGAAUGGUGGGGCAGAGAGUAGUGUUUCAGUGUAGGAUUACUGCUGUAUUCUGCCGGGGAAGGCAACUAGGAGAGGAUGCUGUUGAUGUUGUGUUACAUUCAUGUACAUUUUGCCAGUGUUCAGUUUAUGCAGCAGUGGUGCUGAGGGUGAUGUCUGCUUUGAUCUCACAUCUGUCCCCAGUUUGAUUCCUGUUCUGAUUCUACUGCCAAAAUCAUUGGGUUCUUUAUGAUUUAACUGAAAUGUUUUCAUUUUACAUUUAAAGGUGUUGACUUUUGCAAAUUUAUUCUCUUAAAUGAGUAGUAAUGUUCUCGCUGUAGGUGCCACACCACUGCUGAAUGAAAGCGGAGUGGUUAUUGUCAUGUGAUAGAUGAACAGUAUAUUCACAAUAUAUCAGUAAUAUAAAGCAGAGGAAACGUUGCAAUAAGUUCUUUUAUAAUAGAGCUACUAGGAUCUUGUUUGACCGUGAGACAAUAUUAAUGGGUGGAACCGAAGCCAUAAAGCAAAACUGUUUGCUUUGUAUGAGUGCGUGUGACUUCAAAUAAUACUCAAUAAUCACAAUAAUAAACAAAUGUAAUUUUCGUGCUGUCAUCCUGUGCAACUGAUUUUUCAGGAAAUGGCUGCCAUGACACGCAGUUUCUUCUUCUUUGACUGUUUCUUUGUUUCUCUGUAUCUCUGCCAUUCUAAUCGAAAGCAUUUCAGUGAUUUUUUUUUGGAGUUUUAAUGCAAUAAACUGAUUUUUAUUAUAAUGUAA